ACGUCACUUUAUUUUUGUGUAUCCUUUCUAAAUAACCACAAAUUCCGUGCGGAACCAUGCAGUAUUGAGCUACUGUACGUAGACGGACAUGUUUUUCCGAUACACCUGUUCACCCUCGCGACGUUUGAAAUGGCUGUUACCCUUCACACAGAUCUGGGAGAUAUCAAAAUUGAAUUGUUUUGUGAGCGCACACCGAAAACAUGUGAGAACUUUCUUGCUUUGUGUGCCAGUGGGUUCUACAAUGGCUGCAUUUUUCACCGAAAUAUUAAGGGUUUCAUGGUUCAAACUGGAGAUCCUACGGGUACAGGUAAAGGGGGAACAAGCAUAUGGGGCCGUAAAUUUGAAGAUGAGUUCAAUGAGCACCUAAAACAUAAUGUAAGAGGAGUGGUCUCAAUGGCAAACAAUGGCCCCAACACAAAUGGCUCCCAGUUUUUCAUCGCAUAUGCCAAACAGCCCCAUUUGGACAUGAAGUACACAGUGUUUGGAAAGAUUAUAGAUGGCCUGGAAACACUGGAUGAACUGGAGAAACUGCCCGUCAAUGAAAAGACGUUCCGACCGCUGACUGAAACCCGGAUAAAGAAUGUAACCAUGCAUGCCAAUCCUUUUGCUGGAUAGAUAGCUUUCUCUUCAAAUAUGUAGAUAGAACUUUGACAUUAAAAUAAGUAAAUUGGAACAGUGUGUAGCAUCUUUAUUUUUUUUCAGAGGUUUGAAAUUGGAGGGAGAGCAGUCGGGUAUUAACAAUGAAUCCAAAAACUGCAAAAUGCUGAUAUUUGUUUACAAACAUUUGUUUUUCUACCAUUUCCAUUAGCAAUUCCCAUAAUUAAAACUUCAUUUGUCAGCUGAUUUACUGUCAAGUGGAGUAGUGCCAGAUUUUGCACCCUGAAGCAAAAGUUUUCAGGGCUGUGCUUUCUCCACUCUAACUGUGUUGUCGAAGUCUUUGUGAUUAAGAAGUAGAGGUUAUUCUCGUGCAUUCUCAGUUGAAUCCAAAAACAGAACACGUGACUUUCUACAGCACUGCUGAACAGAUAUUUUCUAUGUAAAUAAGUUACCAAUGUUUUGUACAAAAUAAACCUUUUAGAACGA